CUUUUUCUGAACAUCACUUUGGAAAUUUGCGCUCGUGUAGUCCUGCUUAAAGCGGUGCUCACCUGCCGGGGCUGCGUGGCUGUCCGCGGCUUAGUAACUGAUUUAAUAGGAUAAUCAGGCUAAUUGCCUCCUCUGAUAUUGCCUUCAUUGAUUCUGUCGACCAUUCCCCUAAUCACUGUCAUGAUUGUCUUCAUUUUCUUGUCUCUCGCUCUUUCAAAGUGACCGGCUGCAGGUGUUUUAAUGCUGUGAUUUGCGCCAGUCCAGGCUGGCAAUAUGUAAUUUUGGGAUAGACGCAGCGUUUUUGGAGAAGUGGACUAUUUCACAGCUGCGAUUCCUUGGUUUCUUUUAAAACGUUGAAGGCUUUACUCUGUAGACCAGAACAGAUCCUGGUACACCGUGAUGGUGUGGGGCUAUCAGAACUGACAGCAGAGUGUACGCUAUCAUUUGGAAACUGCUUGUGGGACUGGUAAAAAAUGAAAGCUCCCAUUCCUCUUUUGAUCCUGCUUCAAGCCAUUGUGGUCCAUUGCCUGAAAGUGGUGUCGAAGAGAGGCUCAGUGGAAGGCUGCACGGAUUGGUCAGUGGACUACCUGAAAUAUAAGGUGCUUCUUGGGGAACCUGUACGGAUUAAGUGUGCUUUGUUCUAUGGAUAUAUUCGGGCCAAUUACACCCAUGCGCAGAGCGCAGGACUUAGCCUUAUGUGGUACAAAAGUGCAGGACAUGGGGACUUCGAGGAACCCAUCAGUUUUGACGGCACACGGAUGAGCAAGGAGGAGGAUGCCAUAUGGUUCCGACCGGCAGAGUUGGACGAUGUGGGGUACUAUUCAUGUGUAUUAAGGAACUCCACUUACUGCAUGAAGGUGUCCAUGUCUCUCACAGUGGCGGAGAAUGACACAGACCUCUGUUACAACUCCAAAAUGAGGUUCUUUGAGAAGGCAGAACUAAGCAAAAGCAAAGACAUCAGCUGCACGGGCAUAGAGGAUUAUCUGCAGCCAGGAGUGGAACCUGAGGUUGUGUGGUACAAGGAAUGCAAGCCAAAGCAGUGGAGACAAACCAUAGAAAGGAGGAGGGACACUCUAUCCAUCAAGGAAGUACGGGAAGAUGACAUUGGGAAUUACACCUGCGAAUUACAGUUUGGGAACUUUGUGGUACGGAGGACGACUGAGCUGUCCGUCACAGCUCCCCUGACAGACAAGCCGCCAAAAAUCCUUUCCCCCUCGGAGAGCCAAAUGAGCGUCAUAGAGAUGGCAAUGGGAAGUCCUGUCAACCUGACGUGCAGAGCAUUCUUUGGAUACAGCGGAGAUGUCAGUCCACUUAUUUACUGGAUGAAGGGGGAGAAGUUCAUUGAGGAUCUGGAUGAGGAGCGGGUUCAGGAGAGUGACAUCAAGACAAUCCGGGAGCACCUGGGGGAGCAAGAGGUUUCCAUCUCUCUGACCAUUGGCUCUCUGGAGGAGAGCGACCUGGGCAACUACUCUUGCUACGUAGAGAACGGCAACGGGCGGCGACAGGCCAACAUCCAGCUCACCAAGAAAGCAGAGCUGAUGUACACGGUGGAGCUGGCCGGAGGUCUGGGAGCCAUCCUGAUGCUUCUGAUCUGUCUGGUGACGCUGUACAAAUGCUACAGGAUUGAGCUCAUGCUCUUCUACAGGAACCACUUCGGCAGUGAGGAUAUAGAUGGAGAUAACAAGGACUACGACGCUUACCUGUCCUACACCAAAGUGGACCCGGACCAGUGGAGCCAGGAGACCCGAGAGGAGGAGCGCUUUGCCCUGGAGAUCCUCCCCGACGUUCUGGAGAAGCAUUAUGGGUAUAAACUCUUCAUUCCAGACAGGGACUUGAUCCCCACAGGAAGUUUCACCAAUGAUCAUUUCCAGGAUGACACAAGACUACUUAGAGCCUACAUCGAGGACGUAGCACGGUGUGUGGACCAGAGCAAGCGCCUCAUCAUCGUCAUGACACCCAGCUAUGUGGUGCGGAGGGGGUGGAGCAUCUUUGAGCUGGAGACGAGGCUGCGCAACAUGCUGGUGACCGGCGAGAUCAAAGUCAUCCUGAUCGAGUGCGCCGAGCUGCGCGGCAUCAUGAACUACCAGGAAGUGGAGGCCCUCAAACACACCAUCAAGAUGCUGACAGUCAUCAAGUGGCGCGGGCCGUCCAGCAACAAGCUCAACUCCAAGUUCUGGAAGCAGCUGCUCUACGAGAUGCCCUUUAAACGCAUGGAGCCCCUGAGCAUCUCUCACGAGCAGGUGCUGGACGUCAGCGAGCAAGGCCCCUUCGGUGAGCUCCAGACCGUCUCGGCCAUCUCCAUGGCGGCGGCCACCUCCACCGCCAUGGCGACGGCACACCCGGACUUGCGCUCCACCUUCCACAACUCUUGCCACACCCAGAUGAGGCAGAAACAUUAUUACCGUAGCUAUGACUACGACCUGCCGCCCGGCGGUACGCUCCCGCCGCUCCCACCGCUCACCACGCUCUCCACGCUCGGCAGCCAGCACACCUACUGCAACAUCCCCAUGACGCUCAUCAACGGACAGCGGCCGCAGUCCAAGUCGCCGCGCCAGCAAAGUCUGGAGGAGGCCCACGGCAACAACGCCAUGCUGCCUCUGCUGCCCAGAGAGACCAGUAUAUCCAGCGUCAUAUGGUGACACAGACGGUGCCGAGCGGGAUAAACUGUGGAUCUAUAUGAUGUCCGUCACAGGGAGGACUCACCACUGGCACUUGGACCCUGAAUGCACCGGAGCCAGAUGGACCUGAACGGCACUGAAGUACUUGCUGCUGUUGAAUUUGCACCAGGAAACAUCAGGGGGAGGACAGGAAGACAUUGGGGAUGGAGGUGGCGGCAGAUGUUUUUGUUUUGGUCCAAUAAGAGCUUUUAUUGACACUCCACAACAACAAAAAGAAACAAGGAGAACUUUUUUUAUGCCUGUAUAAACACUCACGUAACACAAGCCAACACCUAUGAUCAUUUACCCAGAAAGUCAAGGAAUACAGGGUCCUGUACAUAAGUUUUUUCUAAUUCUUUGUAGCAUCAGUGUUUGGGACUUGUUUCUUCUUAUGUUUUAUCAUCAGUUGGGACUCUUUUUUUUAAUUGUUUUGUUUCAGUUUGUACAAAAGUGAAGCAAUGGCCUGUGAGAUGUUUUGGAUAAUCCGUUGUUAUCUUUAUCUUAAUUUGUUGGCUGGUGUAGUAGUAAAGCUUUGGGAUUUUUUAUUUUUUUUUAAAGCCGCAGCCUUCGGGGGAUGAGGAUGAUUUGGUUUUGGGUUUCCGGGAGUUUCAGCUCCAUCGGCUGCUGUAAAGGGUUGAGAAUCUGGACUCAACCUGAAUAUGCAAAAUAUGGAGUCCAGAGAGCAGGGAAAAGAUGGGUUUCACACAUCGAUCAUAUGAAUGCUUUUGGAUGAGUCACAUCUGUGAAGUGGGAUAUGAAUAAUUUGGUGCUAGGCUUCACAAAUCUCUGUUUCUCUCACGAUAACAUUUACUUAAAAAAAAAAUUAAAAAAAAAACAGCCUUGCUAUUUACCUUAACAGAUGAUUAUAUCACCGAGAAAUUAAUUAUGUGUAUUAUUUUAUGAAAAAAGAAAAAGUCUAUUUUUGUAACUGAGGGAUAUGUGCUUUGAGAUGUUAUACCUAUACAAAUUUUGGGGAAACAUAAUAAAAAAGAACGACGUGUUGUUAUGUGGAACUGCACAGCUCACAAAAAUCAAUAGGUCAGUCACUAAAUGUCUUACCCUGAUAUUGCAAGAGAAUAUUUUUUUUUUGGUUUCAUCAUUAAAAAGAGGAGUUUUGACAUCUCACAGAAACCACGGAUUGCAGCUCAGCGGGCUUUUUUUAUGUUUGUUGAUUUCCCAGGCAUCGCCGCGAUUCACAGCUGAUUUAACAAGGACGGAGCGACGCCUGUGAUGAUGUCAGUACACACGGAGGAGAGGAGAGCCAUGAAAUCCAGUGUCACCUGAAGCAUUUAUUCUACCUGGCUUCCUCUGACGGACCAACCAAGGCUGUCCAGGGCUAAAAUCUCUGUUAUUCAUUUCCUCUUAAACGACAGCUCUGUUAUUUGUUUGCCAUUCCCCUUGUCAGCGGAAAUGAUUUGUCAGUUGAGUUGUGCUCGUAGAUAAAUAACACUUAGUCGGCACCGCUGCUUGGCACGGCUGUCGGGACGGGACCUAGGAACAUGACGACCACAAUGAGGCGCAAACACCUUUAAACAGUCGCUGACUUGAUGAUAAAGUUAUUCAUGUUUAGUUAUUAAUAUCAAAAAUUAACAUUUUAAAGGAUGUGAUCAAGUACUGACCAGUAAUCAUCAUGGGGCGUAUUCUCCUCAAAACCAAUAGCCUUUUAGAAAGAAACCCUGCCAAAUAAGAUGUAAUUAAUGCUUAAGAGAGACCAGAAUGUAUUUAAAGAUGCUAAUUAAAUCUUAGAGUAUAUGUAACUAUACUAUAGAAAUGCUAUUUAGAGCGAGUUAGACCAAAGCGAACUACAGUGAACCAUUCUCAUUCACAAAAUUGUUCUCCCUCUGAGGAAAUGAUCGGUACUAUUUCAUCGAAUCACACGAAGUGAGCUAUUCUCUCACGUCCAGUCAGAUCUGGGAAGGCGGCCCGUGUACUCACUCCUGCAGCUGUGCCGUAUUAUUUGUUUCUCAAUAAACUAACCUCAUACUAAAAUACCUGCAGCAUCUCAUAACCUAGAGAUGUUUCAUUUAGUGCCAUGAAAUAUGCAAAGUGAUGAACUCGUACUCCAUAAAUUAAACAUGUUUUCCCCCCUUUAUCUUCUUGCAAUCUUCAGUUGUUGCUUUUUAACUUCACUUUUAUGAAAUAUUUCAGAACAGGCCUGUGUUGUUGCUUUUUAACUUUCUAAGUGUAUGCUUUAUGCUGACAAAUUUUCAUUUUCGGAGGAACGGUCGAGAUCUUUCAAUCAACCAAUAGUUUGUUAGAGCCAGGCCUGUUUUUGUCCACCUUAAUCAGACCUUUCCCCCAAUGAAAAGCAAGAUAUGUAAUAUGUUCAAGAGCACCAUUUCUAAAUAAAGGAGUUUGUUGUGCUCUAUGACAUAGCAUUGUGUAAAUAUAAUCAAAACAAUAACGUGAUUUAAGAUGAAGACAAUCGAGCCAUAUUCAUGAAACCAAUGGUCAUUUUUCACAAGGCCUCUCAAAGUAGAACUACUAAUCCUGACUGGAGGUGGACGCGUAGAAUCGAUGAGAUUUUGACAGGAGUUUGGCAUCGGGAGCUCCUGCUUUGGGAAACUGUGUGAAUAUAUUAUUUUAUAAGUGGGCCAAUACGCAUUUUUGUUUCAUGAUGAAUUGAACAUUUCUGGCGAUGUGGCUUUGAUGAUAAAGAUGACGAUGAUGAUGAAUAACAUUGACAAUAUAUAGCACAGAAUUAUUCCAGGCACUUUCACGACUCUUGAGACGUCUCUCCUGUUUCUGAUUUAUUUUCUAUAAUGUAUCUGCAAUGUUCAUUAAAAGAGAUACUGUUAUUAUUAUUAAUAAAACCACAUUUACGGUAA